CAUUCAUUGGAAUGCGGCGGGGUGUUGAGGAGAGGCAAUAAUGGCCGUGACAGCCUCCUACCGGGUCUAAGCUACAUCAGAAGUUGACCUUCUUUCCUCUCCUCUCUCAACUCUGGGUGGUUUUUCACGAUCCCGCAGCCUGACUUCACGUCUCUCCUUCACUCCCAGUUCAUUACCCUAGGAUAUAUACAGUUAAUUACGUAUUAAGAAUGACAAGCAACAGCAGCAACGGGGUGAGGAGGAAGUAAAGGAGCAACAGGAUGUUUCACCAGACAUGUUGAUCAAGCAUCCAUUACAGAACACAUGGACAUUAUGGUUUUUUAAGAUAGAGAACAACAGAACUUGGGAAGACUGUCAGAUGGAAAUAUCCAGCUUCAAUACAAUUGAAGACUUUUGGGCGUUAUACAAUCACAUUGAACCUGCUUCUCAUUUGAAAGUUGGGUGUGAUUACUCCAUGUUUAAGCAGGGUAUAAAACCCAUGUGGGAAGAUGAGCAUAAUUGUCGAGGAGGUCGCUGGCUCAUUAAUCUCAACAAACAGCAGCGCGCUUCAGAGCUGGAUAAUUUUUGGAUGGAGGUGCUGCUGUUGAUGGUUGGUGAAGCAUUCGAGGAUCACAGUGAUGAAGUUUGCGGUGCAGUUGUAAACGUACGUAGCAAAGGAGAUAAAAUAGGCGUGUGGACUGCAGAUGCUAAGAAAAAUGAGAGUAUUCUUAAAAUUGGGCAUGUUCUGAAGGAGCGCCUAAACAUCCCUCGGCAUGUGAGCAUUGGUUUUCAAGCUCAUACAGACACAAUGGUUAAGUCUGGAUCUACAGCCAAGAACAGGUUUACUGUCUGACCCCCACAAUGUUACAUAGCCUCCAGUCUUAUACAUGUUUUACAGGCAUGAUAAUCAGAUUCUGUGCUGAGCUACUUCACAUUUGUGGUGAUGAGUUUAUUUUGCAAUUGAAAUAUAGGAAGAGGUGGCAUUUCCAGAUGAGCAUGACAUUUUCCAUAUUAGAAGAUGCUGCAAUACUAAAUGGCUACCUUGAUUUACUGUAUUUAGUGUGAAAGCAAUUUGGAUAUUUGGCACUGAAUGGUUUACAAGUUUAUAUUAUAUAUAAAGCAUUAAAUUGCUUUGCUGUUGAGAUGCUUCAUUUCCAUUAUCAAAAAUUCAGAAAUUUAAUGGUCUGCAGUUAAAAUGCAAAGUCAGUCCAAUGUAGUACUAGUUGUGAAGCUCUGUAAAAAAAAAAUUAAAAAAUGAACUGAUAAAUUGGAAAAAAAGAAAAGCAGUUAUAAUUUUUCUGAACUUUGCAUAACUUCAUACUUAUGCACUUGCUCAUGUUAAUUGUUGCCUUGUUUAUUAAAAGCAAUGAUAUUAAAUGUUUGCUUUCUUUGAUAUUUACUCAGUUAUUAUAAUUUUACUCAUAUAGUGGGUGGUUUAUAAUUUUGCAAUAAAUUGUCAACCAUAUCUGAAUUUCAAAAUUCAUUUUUUCUUAAUGGAGGAGGGGAGGGGGGGAAGAGGGUUUGGGUGAACAAAAAAUUUUAUUAUUCAUUUCACCCCCUCCUGUUUUUUUUUUUUUUUUUUUUUCUUCUCUUUUCUUUUCUUUUUUUUUUUAUCAUCUCUGUAAAGGUGAAGUGUAAAUGAAAUGUACCUGCAUUGUGCUGUGUAAUGUAGUGGAACUGAGUAAUAUAUAAUGAGGUGACGAGUGCAGUGUGUAAGCUUUCCUGUUAUUCGAGCCCUGCAGUGAGUUGGUAGCGUCGUGUAGAAACUUUUCUUUUGGUUGGAAGAAAAUCACUGGUAGUUGGAACAUUACUAAGAGUUUCGUCAAAGGAACGAUGGCUAUUGUAUAAGAUGCACCGAAAGUUAAUGCACAUUAAUAUUUUGUUCCAUUUCCAGAGAUUUACAUACGAUGUGAUUAUUGCUCCUCGGUUGGCUUCUGUUAACUUUGCUACCUUAUUGCCUAUAACUUUGUAUUAAAUGCUGGUUGGCUUAUGACUCAGUCUAGUACCAUCUAAAGUUAGGAGCCUUCUUUCAACUAAUAUACCUCUGAUAAUCCUUUUGAAGGUCUUAUGACAUUUUGCAGAAUUCUAAGUUUGUAUAUAAAGUUCUUGAAUAAUAAAGAAUCUGUACUUGUGACACUGCAUUAAAUUGAUACGAUGAAAUUAGUCACCACUGGUGGUAAACCAGCAUAGUGAGAACUUUCAGUGGAGCCAAACUUGGGGUAAGUCACUGUGAAUGGUACAGUGUAGAAUGCAGCACCUAUUGUUAGGAAAAGAGUGAAACCUGUGUGGAGGUCAUGCAGUGGGACAUUCAGUAACAACAAAAAAACCUCCCUUUUAAUGGUUUUACAUCUUUAACUACAGGUGUCUCGUUAAAAUAACUGUUAAAUUCUGUGAUAGACCUUAAUUUUAUUACAUGUACAUAUAAAAAGUUUUCAAGUUUGCUCUUUGGAGUUAUCUUUUGAGGCAGAAUGCUUUAGUUACCUAUAUUUAUUUCUUAUUUGUAUGCAAGCACUGGAGUUUAAUAAUUUUGACUAAUUUUCUUGUAAAUGCAGCUGCAGAGUCACUGAGCUUGAUGAAAUUCCAAUAAAUUGAUACAGUAUUUGCAUACCUAUUUAAUGACAGAAUAGUCAAAAGGCCAAGUUACAACUGAGAAUUCAGUCGUGUCUGACAUAUCAGUGUGCCUAUGGUAGGGGGGGUACAGUAUUGUAGCAAGGGUUUUGUAUGCGGUACUAAAGACAUGUAGGUAUGUUGAAUAUGUAAACUUGGUACUUUAAAAAAAAUAUAUUGGCUUGAUUAAAAUUGCAUUCUGGAAUGGUGAAUUUUAAAAAAAGCUUGAUGUGGUUAAUCAUUUCAUUGUAAUUUUUCAGUUUUAUGACUUAUUGUUGCUCAUUUUUCAUAAGUAAGUGGUUUACUGGUUCUUCAAAAAUAGUUUGAGAAUUACCCAGUUGUGGGUCCAUUUCAAGCUUUACUUAAAUACAUAUUUUGUAACUUUAUGAUCUGAUAAUUAGUUGCCCUACACUCAAAUUGUAAUGAACAGACUGUGGGUCAACUAGUGAGAAUCUGAUCGGAGUAUAGUAACAUACAUAAGGGACCCAUAACUAGGACUUUUCUUUUUCCCAAGCCUUAUAAACUGUGACUGACUUGGAAAGCAUUUGAUGUUAUUUGUCAAUUUAUUAAGAAUUUCUGAAGGUACUGCUAUUUCUUACAAAAUGUUAAAAUUAAAAAAAUGUAUAAUUCUAGAUAUCCUUUUCUAAUAAAUUUAAGUGUUAA